AUUUUAGGUUGGUAAGACCGAGUAAAGAUCACAUUUUGACACCUCCGCUGUCAAAGUUGUCAAAGAUUCUUACAUAACCCUCGAAAUCUUUGAACAAAUUUAAGCCGCCAUGGCGAAAAGAAUUUCCCAAAGUUCGAUUAAUUGGGCGGCUUUAGCCGAAAGAGUCCCGGAACAUCAAAAGCCUCAAUUUAUUGCUUUCAAAUCGAAAGCUGAUAACUAUUUAAGAAAAGUUCAACAAUUGCCUGAUGCACCACCAAAGCUAGAUUGGGCUUUCUACAAAGCCAAAGUUCCGGUUCCUGGAAUGGUAGCUGAAUUUGAGAAAUCCUAUUCAGCUUUGAAUAUUCCUUUCCCUGCUGAUACUGUUAGUGGUCAACUUGAUUCCCAGGAAAAAGAAAUUAAGCAGGAUAUUGAGAAAUUUAAAACUGAAUCAAAUGCUCGUAUUGAAGAAUAUAAAAAACAACUUGCGCAUUUAGCUUCUUUGCUUCCAUAUGAUCAGAUGACUUUGGAGGAUUAUAGGGAUGCUUUCCCAGAGGAUGCUUUGGACACUCUUAAUAAACCAACGUUCUGGCCUCAUGCUCCUGAGGAUCAAUUAGGUUAUGUUGAUAAAACUGAAGCACCAAGCAAGCAUUAAAAAAAUGUUAUUUGAAGGUAAUUCUGAUAGAAUUCAAAUGAAUAUGUAGGGUAAAUAAAAUAAAAACUAAUUAGAAAAA